AGUCAAAAUGGUGGCUGGAAUGGUAAUGCCUUUAGCCGACCUGAGGGCAAUCUAUGAGCUUCUUUUUCGGGAUGGUGUCAUUGUGGCCAAGAAGGACAAGCGUCCACAGUCCAUGCACCCUGACCUCACAGGGGUUACCAACCUAAAGGUGAUCUGCACCAUGGGCUCCCUCAAAUCCAAGGGCUGUGUCAGGGAGACUUUCACUUGGAAACAUGCCUACUACUAUUUUACCAACGAAGGAAUUGCAUACCUGCGAGAUUACCUGCACCUGCCACCAGAGAUCAUGCCUGCACCCCUUCAAAGCCUUCGUCGCCCUGAGUCCUCCGCUCGAGUCCUUACUGUGAAAGGCCCCACAUCGUACAUCUCGAAACCCAAGCCUGGAAGAGAAAUCCAAGAGGACAGGCACAUUUACCGCUACAAGAGAGUAGGAGAGGAGAGAGAGCAAUCUGAGAGGCCUCCAAAAAACUUCAGAGGCCCCUACCACUGUGAUGCAUCCGUCGGCCGGCUCGGUGUUCAGACCAAGAAGGGUUUCUGCAGAGAGGAACCUUGGGCCAAUGAGGGUAACCGGAAAAGCUUUGGAGCUUCCUAUCUCCUCACUGAGGACAGAGUCACCAGGUGUCCCGACUCGGCCAAGGAGGACAAGCUACCCGUUUCUUUGUUCCCCUCAUCUUCAAUUGUACCAAAGUCCUCCAAAGAGAUACCAACCGUUCCCACUCCUCGUGCCCCAGUCAAGGAAGUCCUGCAGAAGUUUGUUAAAAUGACUGCUGCUCACCCAUCUGCAGCUUUUGUAGAGUCUGAGUGUGUGAAGAUGCCGGAGGAUACGACUAAGGCGACCCCAGAAGAAUGGAUCCCAGAUCCAAGAGAAUCCCCGAACCCAGCCUCGGAGGUACCUGGAGAGUACCUGGACAGGUCCACAAUCCCUUUGUUGACAGAGCUUACUGAAAAGGCGGAACGACAGGACGUUAACGAUCAAGGUGAGGAAGCUGAUGUGGCGACUGAAGAAACAGUUGAGAAGUAUGAUGUUGAGUUGAUGAAGCGGCUGAAUAUUGAGCUCUUUGUCCCUGUGACCAAAGCUAAGACCUUUAACUCUGAUCUCGACCAUAAAUCAGCAACACCUACAUCAACAGCCACAGAAAAAUUGGUGGAUUAUGACAUUGGUCUUAUCACCCAUAAAGUUAUGGAGAAGUGCAUUGCUAUGACGGCCAUGUCUGAGUUUCAUAUCGCCCUAGAGACCUCCACCAGUCCAGCCUUUGAGCCAGGGUCCGGCCCUGUUGUCCCUCCAGAGUGUCCCGUUGUUGCCCUGAAGACCACUCUGCUUCAGGGAGACCAGGGCUUCCUCACAGAGGAACCUGAGAAUGAGCAGCAUGUUCAGAGGGUCCGGCCUGACUUCCUGGAAGGUUUGAGCUGGUCUUAGUUCUUCCUCCUCCUCUU